AUGAUGCUACAUCGCUGCGCAAAACUGCGUCACUUUAGUGCUGUUUUAAGAAGCUUUUCAUCAAUCCCAAAUAGUGUUGCUUCUUUCUCAGACAUUGAUUCUAUUCCAGAAACUGUAGUGCAGGCUCUGGACAAAUACAUAGUAGGCCAGAAGGAUGCCAAGAAGGCGGUAGCUGUGGCACUGCGCACUCGUUGGCGCCGUCGUCAGCUGAAGAAUGAUGCGCUACGAAACGAAAUCUUGCCCAUGAAUAUUCUUAUGAGUGGUCCAACAGGUUCUGGCAAGACGGAGAUUGCGCGGCGUUUAGCCAAGAUCUCGGGCUCGCCGUUCCUCAAAGUGGAGGCCACUAAAUUUACCGAAGUAGGCAUCUAUGGCGCCAACGUGGACUCCAUGAUUAAGGACCUUGUGGAUGUAGCUGUCAACAUGGAGAGACUUGAGGCGCAGAAGAUCUACGCUGCAGCAGCUCGCGAACGCGCUAUAGAUCGGCUUGUCGACUUGCUGGACCACACAACGCUCAGCGGCAUUUCGCGGGCGGAACUCCGCGAGGAAAUCGCUGCCGGGAAAGUAGCCGACCACAAAGUUCGUAUGCAAGUCAAACCACUAUCAAGCAAAACGAGGCCACCAUUAGCAAACUCGGAUAUGAUGAUGGAGAUGCCUCCUGAGCUGGAGAAUAUGAUAAAGCAUCUCGACACACUCAUGGCGUCGCGUUUUAGUGGCGCUAGUGGGAAGAGCGAUGACAAGGCACAGAGCAUGACGGUGAAGGAAGCUUUGCCUUGUCUCGAAGCUGAGGAGGCGGACGCCAUCAUAAAUGACGACGAUGUGAUUAAAAGAGCAUUGGAGAAUGUGCAGCACAACGGUAUUGUGUUUCUCGAUGAAAUUGACAAGUUGGCCAGUGCUGGCGAUCAGAAUCGUACAGGAGGAAAUGGUGGAAGCUAUCGCAAGGGCGAAGGAGUACAGAAGGAGCUUCUAGCUUUGACCGAAGGUUGCGCUAUUAGCACUCGCUAUGGACUUGUAUAUACUGAUCACAUCCUGUUUAUUGCAAGUGGUGCAUUUUCCCGCUCAAAGCCGUCAGAUUUGAUGCCUGAACUGCAAGGCCGUUUGCCUAUUCGUGUAGCCCUUUCGUCCUUAGGUGCUGCCGAGUUUGAGAAGAUCCUUAGAGACACGGACCACAACUUAUUGGAACAAACUAGUGCCUUGAUGGAGACAGAGGGCGUCAAGCUCACAUUUGCGGACGACGCUAUCAGUGAGAUGGCGACUAUUGCCGAGAAAGUAAACGCGCAGACUGAUAACAUCGGUGCUCGACGCUUGGUGACUAUCAUCAGCAAGAUCACGGAAGAAGUUUCUUUCCACGCUCCCAAGAUGAACGGCAUGACUUUUGAAAUCGACAAAAAGUAUGUGCUGCAGCGCCUUUCUGGUGUGCUUGAGCACACGGAUCUUUCUAAGUUUAUUCUUUAG